AUGCUCUUCGCCGAGGACGACAAACUCGUUUUUCGUUUUGAUGACCAUAUCCUGUGGAUUCAACCAUGGGGAGAAAAUGCGUUUCGCGUACGGGCAACAAGACAAGCCUCAAUGCCAACUGAAGACUGGGCAUUGUCUUCUAAGCCGCCCACCUCGAGCCCAACCAUCAAAACAUCCGAUCAGGAAGCGAGUAUCACCAAUGGUAAAAUCACAGCCACUAUCUCUCGUCGUGGUAAGAUCAUUAUCUAUGACUCGAAGGGAAACAAACUCCUCGAGGAGUAUGCCCGCCACCGAAAAGACCCCAUGGAUCCAAAAUGCAGCGCCUUGACAAUCGAAGCGCGCGAGCUGCGUCCGAUACUAGGCGGCGAUUACCACCUCACCAUGAGAUUCGAGUCCCUCAGUCCGAAAGAAAAGAUAUUUGGCAUGGGCCAGUACCAACAGCCCUACCUCAACCUCAAGGGAUCGGACCUUGAGCUAGCCCACCGCAACUCCCAAGCCAGUGUUCCUUUCGCGGUAUCCUCUCUUGGCUACGGACUCCUCUGGAACAACCCUGGUCUAGGACGAGCGGUUCUAGGAACCAACGUGAUGAGUUUUGAAGCCUUCUCUACCAAAGCGUUAGACUACUGGGUUGUAGCGGGGGAUAAACCUGCCGAAAUUGAAGAGGCAUAUGCCAAAGUGACGGGUUAUGUGCCCAUGAUGCCGGAAUACGGCCUUGGCUUCUGGCAGUGCAAGCUCCGCUACUGGAACCAAGAGCAGCUGCUCAAUGUUGCCCGAGAGUAUCGACGCCGCGAAGUGCCCUUGGAUUUGAUUGUAGUUGAUUUCUUCCAUUGGAAGCAUCAGGGAGAAUGGAGUUUCGACCCAGAGUUUUGGCCUGAUCCUGAAGCGAUGGUCAAGGAGCUCAAGGAGCUCAAAGUCGAACUCAUGGUCUCCAUUUGGCCAACAGUGGAGAACGCAUCGGAAAACUUCCCUGAAAUGCUUGAAAAAGGACUUCUGAUCCGUCACGACCGCGGAAUGCGAGUAGCAAUGCAAUGCGACGGGGACGUCACACACUUCGACGCUACGAACCCUUCAGCUCGAGAGUUUAUCUGGGCCAAAGCCAAGAAGAAUUACUAUGACAUGGGCAUCAAGGUAUUCUGGCUCGACGAAGCCGAGCCCGAAUACUCCAUCUACGACUUCGACAUCUACCGCUACCACGCCGGCAGCAAUCUUCAGAUCGGAAACAUCUUCCCGAAAGAAUACGCGCGCGCGUUCUAUGAAGGCAUGACGGCGGAGGGACAAGAGAACAUCGUCAACCUGCUCCGCUGCGCAUGGGCGGGCAGCCAGAAAUACGGCGCGCUGGUAUGGAGCGGCGACAUCGCAUCGUCGUGGAGUUCGUUCCGCAAUCAACUUGCAGCCGGCUUGAACAUGGGAAUCGCAGGCAUCCCUUGGUGGACGACUGAUAUCGGGGGCUUCCACGGUGGGAAUCCCGAAGAUCCUGCUUUCCGUGAGCUGUUCACGAGGUGGUUCCAGUGGGGGACGUUCUGUCCGGUCAUGAGGCUUCAUGGAGAUCGGGAGCCCAAGCCAGAGGGUCAGCCCACGGCUAGUGGCGCGGAUAAUGAGGUCUGGUCAUAUGGAGAGGAGGUGUAUGGGAUCUGCAAGAAGUAUAUUCAGAUGAGAGAGGUCAUGAGAGGGUACACGCGUGGACUGAUGCGUGAGGCCCAUGAGAAAGGAACUCCGGUGAUGAGAACUCUGUUCUAUGAGUUCCCAGAAGACGAGAGAGCCUGGGAUGUCGAGACUGAGUACAUGUUUGGAGACAAGUACCUGGUUGCCCCUGUCUUGGAGCCGGGGCAGCGUACCAGCAAGGUCUAUCUGCCAGGCCAGGCAUCGUGGAAACUAUGGGAUGGGACCCAGGUCUAUGACGGAGGAAAGGAGGUUGUAGUUGAAUGUCCAAUCGAUAGUAUGCCCGUCUUUGUUCGUCAAUGA